CUCAAGUUUCAACACACAUUUUAAUUUCACAAAUCAAAGAUUGCUACAAUCAAUCAAUUAAAGCAAUGGAUGUGCUAUCCUUAAGCUCAAGCCUAAGCAUUUCCAAGCCACUUCAUUCCUUUCCACACUCUAGUAAACAGCAAAGAACUUUUCUGGUGAACUUUGCAAUUUCAUGCAGAGGAGCUACAAAGCUAAAGGAAGAAACCACCCAUGGAAACCUCUAUAAAGUGUUGUCCUUGAAACCCGGAAGUGCGAUGGAUGAGAUAAAGAGAGCAUACAGAUCAAUGGCUCUUCAGUACCACCCUGAUGUGUGCCAUGAUCCUUCCAUGAAAGAGGAGUCAACGAAGAUGUUUGUUCAACUAAAUGAAGCUUACAAGACACUGUCAAAUCCCCUGCUUAGAGAACAAUAUGACAGUGAAUUGGGUUUCAGAAGUGAAAUGAAUAUUAAUGUUAGUGAUGAGGGGUUGAGAAGUAUGUGGCAGGAGCAAGUGGUUCAUGAUAUGAACAUGAAGACAAAGUCUCGCAGACGCAUGGGACAAAAAGGGGGAUCAUGGAGCAGCAGAAUGAAGACACAGAACAUGGAAAACAAGAACUAGUUUUCUUGCUCUGUGUUUGAGUUUGUUGCUGUUCAUGUCAAAAUGUUAAAUUGGUUUACUUUUAGCUUUAGGUGGUUGACUCUUUCAUAUUUACAUUUAUUUUUUUGAAAUGUCAUAUGUACAUUUAACUAGGACCGAAAGUUUUUGAGUUUGAUGGGUUAUUUUUUUUUACUAA